UGAUCACUUUAUGAUCUACGGAGAGUGAAACAAGGAGGAAACCCCCAGAAAAAAGGACGCGAAGGGCUCACAGUUUGCUAAAGAUCAGUCACGAUCGGGACAGUACAAGAUUAAGAAAUAACUUCGUUGCGGCCGAUCAAAAACCAGGUGGAAGUAUGUAGCUCAUUUUCAUUUUCAUCGAAGUGAAGGAGUGGAUCAACUUCAGCCAAAAGAAUGAAGCCUUCAGUCUCUUCCUCAAGUACCUCCUCUGUACUUGCCUCGGAGCAAGUCCCUGUAGAGCAAUGGGCUGCCUUAUUAGCGACGCACUAUGGCAUCGAUGCCAGUGGGCAGUUGUUGUCUAAGGUGCGGAACCGAAAUCUUCACCUGACUACCUCUGGUCCCGGGGCCUUCGCCGCCGCUGGCACUCUUAGCACAAAAGCCGGCCACUUUUCCGGCACUGGUAAAGCACCCCUACAGGGUGGCUUCAUCGCGCCGAGCACGACGAGAGAGGGAGGCGGACGUAAGAUCGGUAGGAGGCCAAGAGCAUUGAUAGGGCACGACAAAGCAAGAAAAUUGGGAGUUUAUGAUAUUGGAGGGACCACGACCACGACCUCUGCUAAAGCUAUUGAGGAGACCACGAGUUCUGGUACGUUUCAAGUUCACAAGACUAGGAGACCACCGCAAAGAGCACUGACAACUUUGGAAAGCAAGUUGCUUGGAGUGGGAAUGGAAAGAGAAGAAGAAGAGCAAGAAGAAGUAGUACGACAUGGUGGACAACGAGCUGCUUCUCGAGCUACAAAAUCAGACGAUCUCCAGAGCACUAUGUUGGCUAGAAAGCUUCACUGCUCUAAGAAUAGCAGAACGGCCACUGCUGGUGCGACAUCACAUGUUGUAAAUGGUGAUGAUGCAGCACCAGUAGAAAAGAAUGUUUCGUCAAGCUCAACAUCGCCUCCGCGUAUUACUGGAACUCGAUCUAGGAGGAAGAAGGAGAAGCCCGUAGCUGGUUUCGCUAAAUUCCAACUUUUGGCCGAGAAGUGGACUGAGUACUUCGAAAAGCGAGAAAGGGUAUUGAAUAAGGACACGGUCUUGAUCGGUGCUCGUGUUCGUGUGUGGGAUAGGGAAAGAGUGAUUCGGCGGCCUGCGCGUGGACGCGGAGUUGGGCAAGAUGAACAGAAGAUUGUUGAGCAGCAGGUUGAGCAGCAGGACAGGCCGGAUCAUAUGGAGAUUGACUUGGAUGAAGGCACAGCCUCCAAGCCCCUCAAGAAAACUAGACAAAAGGAACCAAGACCUACUUCCCCACCUGCUCCUCAAGACGGUAGGAUUCUACUCAAGUCUGGCAUUAUCGUGAAGGAAACAGCACAGAUGCUAGAGGUCGUGGGAUCGGACAGCAGGUUAAGGAAAUACCCCAAAGAUGUCGUUACGAUGGAACUAUUGCGAUAUCCCGGACCCGUAUUUUUCCACAGAUCCACACACUUUUUCUAGUGUAGUAAACAGAUUUCAAAGUGGUAGUGGAGAUUUCAAAGUGGUCGUAAUCGUAUGUUACUAAGAAGAGACCCUCUUCUAUAUCCCACAACAAAGAACAAGCUUCCAAAUGAAAUCGAUAUCAUUCACCCGCUUUCCAAGAACGCCGAAAGCAAGGUGACAACGCCAUUUGUCUGUUGACACAUACAACCAAC